CACUUCUAAUUCACUGCUUACGGCUACAAGGGCCCACAGUAUAGUACUGCAUACGUUGCUGUUCAACGACAUAUAAUAAAUCGUGCGCUGGUUGAGUUUAUAUAAUCGCAAGAGUUUUAUGUUUUUACUACGUCGCGGAAGGAUCUAAUUUUCUCAAGCGAGGGUCGACUCAUCCGCCCAGUUUUCCGAUGUUUCAUUCCCCCCGAGUUGAAAAUGGAGUUCGAUUAAAGCAGAUGUCCACCAACUUCUCAAGGAAAUCUCAAGUCUUGAUCUAUUUACUUUACGCACCAGAAUCCAUAUUGAAAACAGCUGAACCCUUUUUUGGGGGGGCUUUGGAUGCCUUUACUGCAAAUUACUCGGACACGUUGACGGAGCGACGCUCCACAGCGCUGCUUUUUCAAGUGUUGUCCUGGACGUGAAGUUGGCGAAUGGAUGCUCGACAGCCAGCCAUAAAUAACCUGCCAAACGUUACAGUCUGCCACAAUAUCUGCAUUUUUUGAGGAUCUAUUCACGUGUAUUUUUUUUUAUCCGUGGCAAUUUAAAAAAAAAAAACAUUUUUUUGUUGGGGUUUGCAAAGCGAGGGGGGAAAUCUGCGCUCGUUGAGGAGGGAGGAUGAUGCCGAUGGCCCAUUUGUUGUGGUCGGAUUUUACUUCCAGGGAGGAUAAAAUGAAUCAGCGGUUGUCAUUCCUCCUCGCGAUUUAACGUUAGUUCCAGGCAGCGAGGCUAACGUUAAGCUAGCUCCACUCGGUUUCCACAGGGACGCUUCGUGAGGCAUGUGCCCCCAUUGUGCACCGCUCACUUACUACCCAGAACAGGGGGGCAUUUCUACAUGCGAAGGAAAAUGGUGAUAUUUGUGGUAUUUUAUCCCGCCGUCACUGCGUCGUCGAUGCUAUUGCUAGGAUUUGGAUCCCCGUGAGGAAAAAAAUGAGUGAAGAUUCAACAAAUCCAAACAACGAUGACAGUUAUGCGCGUGUGAGAGCAGUGGUCAUGACUCGGGAUGACUCCAGCGGUGGGUGGCUUCCCCUGGGGGGCGGAGGCCUUAGCUGUGUCACCGUCUAUAAGGUCAGCCGGGCGGAGGACAGUGGCAGCACCCACAGUGGAGGCAGCGGAGGAAGCAGCAGCAACCUCAGCCCCUGUAGCUCCAGCCCUAGUCCCAGUCCCAGCCCCAGCCCCACCGCUGUGGAAUUUCACAUCAAGGGCGAGAGGCUCAAAGACAAAUUGGUGGUGCUGGAGUGUGUCCUGCAGAAAGGCCUUGUAUACAACAAGGUCAACCCCAUCUUCCACCACUGGAGGAUCAACAACAAGAAGUUCGGACUGACUUUCCAGAGCCCCGCUGACGCCCGCGCCUUUGACCGGGGCGUACGUCGAGCCGUUGAGGACAUCAACCAAGGUUGUCGGCCGUUUGGGGAAGGAGAUAUUCCUGAGGACGGACUACCGGUGUGUGAUGAGCCUCCCUCCAUCUGCACCCCAAUGAAAGAGCCCUUCUCUCAGCUGAACAACAUCGUCUCCACCGAGCCAUUCAGGGGCUGCUACGUCCGCGCCCAACCCUUCGACGAGUUCACUUCCAGCAACCGCCGCUACCUGCCUCCACAGGUCUCCUUUAAGUCGACUCGUCAUGUCAGUUUUCACAUGGACGAAGAGGAGAUCGUUCGCAUCAACCCACGCAAAGACGUGCUCAUCCGCGGCUACGAGGACUACCGCCACCCUGUCAUGUGGAAACAGGAGGCCGACCGCGAGGACUUGGACUUCCCCUCCGCCUUCCACAAACUGGACAGUAAGAAGUGCGAGUACCUCUUCCCGGAUGGCCCCUGUGGGGACUCCCACUCUGGCCCUGGCAUUGGAACAAGUAUGGGGCUGGGUCUGGGCAAGGACACGGCCAUCAAGACUCAGCCCUCGCCACUGAUCAAGUCCAAGAAGGGCCGGCGGCGGCGAGAGGACGGCGAGCGUUCGCGCUGCAUCUACUGUCGGGAGAUGUUCAACCACGAAGACAACUGGCGGGGGCAAUGCCAAGACGCCCCUGACCCGAUCAAGCAGUGCAUCUACAAAGUCAGCUGCAUGCUGUGCGCCGAGAGCAUGCUGUACCACUGCAUGUCCGACUCCGAGGGCGACUUCUCAGACCCCUGCUCAUGUGACACGUCUGACGAGCAGUUCUGCCUGCGCUGGCUGGCCCUGGUGGCGCUCUCCUUCAUCGCACCCUGCAUGUGCUGCUACCUGCCUCUGCGCGCCUGCCACCACUGUGGCGAGGCCUGCCGCUGCUGUGGGGGCAAGCACAAGGCCGCGGGGUGACCUGACGACGGACUCUGGGACACCCUCAAAGCUAGCUAACACAGGAAGUGGAUAAAAGCGGAAAAUUAAAAAGCCGGCAUCCUUUUUUCAUUCCCCUCUCAGACGGGGUGAUAUGUUGUUGAUCCCCAGCUCUGAGGGCUUUUGGAGAUUUCAGUUUGUGUUUGUCGCCGACAAGCAGCAGUGGAGGACAAACCAUAUGCUUUGUGGGAGCUCUGAGCAUCAAGCUACGUUCAGGAGCUUAAUCUGAGGAGAUGAAGAGGAGGCAGCGUCAAGAUUAAUAGACUUGGAGAUGUUACUAAACACACCUGUAUACGCACACACACGCAUACAUAUACACACACACACACACACACACACACAUACACACACACACACACACCUCUCUCUCACGUUCACACUCAUGCAUUGACUAAGCCAGGCCAUAAAUGUCAGAACUCUACUACAAGAAAUGUGUAACUUUAUGAAGGAAAUUUGUCUUUUGUACAGAGAGCUACAACUUAAUGACGAAAAAAGAAAACAAAACUAUUCUGCGUUCAGAAAAAAUACUUGCUGUUUGAGUAUGCUAAAAGGGAUAUGUUCUUGCUUUUUUGUGAAUUUACAGUUGGGUAACAGUGGCCUUUCCUUCAUGGCUUAAGCAUUUGAUGAUAAUGUAAUUACUAGACAGAGAACAGUGCACUAGAAAUGGUAUCCCCCCCCCUAACCCCGACUAAAGGUAGCCCUCUAAAAUUUGUGUGGUACACUAACCACCAUUUUAACAUUUUUGAAAUGUUUCUGUGGUGGAUGAUUGGCCAAUUCCUUGUUCUCCUUUCCAUGGAAUGCUGAAAAAGAUAAAUUAAAAGGUAACAGCUUGAUUUCGGAGGUACAGCUUGGUCUAUCUUUUGACAUUCAUUAAGAUGUUAGAAUGGUUACCUUGCUUUUCCGAGGUGAUUUAGACCAUUUGAUUGCAUUCCAAAAUAAAGGGAUAGAUUCCAUGAUUAGAAGGGAAGAAAUGGUAAUGACUUUACCGUGCCGAGUUCCCCUACUAUUUGUCCCCACGUCAUGAAAAUAGCAUUAGAACCUCUUGAACCAUUUAAAUUUAAACUGAUACAUGACAAUUUAAUUUACCCCAGUGAAUUUCAGUUUUAUUCCAGUUAUUUACUGCUGUAGUGAAAUUGGUGCUUUUGUUUCUUAUUUGUUAUUUUCCUGCUCAUUUUCUAAUUAUUUGUGGAACAAAAGCUGAAAUGUUGCUCAACCAGCAAGUUUUGUUUCGGUGAGUAAAGGGGUUUCAGUGCUCCUUGGUUAAAUGAUGAGGCACUUAUUAAAUUAGGUCAUUCUUUUACUGAGAAUCCUUCAGAUUUUAAAAUCAGUCUGUACAUAAAUUAUUCUAAUGUAAUAUUCAAUUUGGUAUUGGGAAAACCCUCCUGAAAGCACUGCUCUCCAAGCUUUGGUUGCAGCACCCACUCCAAAUGUCCAUGUCUGUCCCAUGAACCCGUUUUUUUCUUUGUUUUGUUUCCCCCUCAUAUCCUGUGUAAAUGUAUUUCUUUUGUCCCUCAAAAGUCCACCGCUUCCGUAAGUCUUUAUUUAACAGGCCCUGAAUGAAUGGCAUUGUUUCAGGAAUGCUGAGCAUCUUAGCUAUUUAAAAGAAUGAGAGAGAAAGAAAACAUACAGGUGUUAUGUAUGUGUGUGUGUGUGUGUGUGUGUGUGUGUGUGUGUGUG